UCUUUCGGUUGCCAAGAUUCUCCUCGUGUCCCUUUAUCAUGCAUUUUAGACCAUCUUUUUUCUUUAGAUAAGCCUUAAACCGUUUGAUCAACGAAUAGGAAGACAAAGCAAAGAUAAGCAAAGCCAGCUCCAUUUCUUUCCCUCGUGCCUUUCCAGCAUCUUUGUCUCUGGGAAGUAAUUAAUCCAUCCUUGAUUCCUUGUUUGUCUGUUUACGUUGUUCCAGGUUAAUUAUCGAGGAUGCGGUAGAUAGUGGAGGUCCUCUCGAUGAGCUGUGAUGCUAUUUUUUAGCUUCAUUUGCUUUGCUCUCUUCCCCAGGAUCAAUCUCGCUUUCCUUCACAUGCAUGGCUACCAGUGGCGUGGCACCACAGAUCUCUAAGGAGCUACAAAUUGAAGAAGAGAGCGCCUUCCCCCCUCCAAACAAGUGUUGCAGGCGUUGCUCACACAGGCAGUAGCAAUUUUUUCUCCAUAUUUCCUUUCCAUUUUGCCUCUUCAUCUCUUCUUGGCUUCUAGCUCAAGCUCGUAAGGGGGCCACAAAUUGCACACAAAUGUCGGCGGCUUGGCCUCUUGAUCGCUCCGUCAGCUGGACAUGAUUUGCUCCAGAGAAGCACCAACAUGAUCUCGAAAAGUUGGAAGCUCGAGAACAAAUGGGAGGCUUCCAGUGGUAGAUCUGUUACUUUGCUGCUGCUAACUUUUCUUCUCCAGAUCGGCACCACGCUGGGCCUCAACGGAGAUGGAGAGCUGUUGCUCAAGUUCAAGUACUCCGUUCUCAGCGACCCUAUGGCCGUGCUCAACGACUGGAACUUCUACGACCACACGCCGUGCUCCUGGAAUGGAGUCGUCUGCAUGGGAUUCCUGGAGGCAGCUGCUUUCAAUUGGAGUCCUCCUGCGAAUAGUGGCGGCGGCAGCAGCAAUGUGGAGGUUUCCAUGGCUUCUAGAGUCAUCGCCUUGGUCCUGCCAAACUCCCAGCUCUUGGGCCCCGUCCCCACCGAGCUCGGCCUUGUCGAGCACCUCCGCCAUCUCGACCUCUCCGGCAACAUGCUCAACGGUACCCUCCCGUCCACCCUCUUUAACGCGUCCGAGCUCCGCGUGCUUUCGCUGGCCAACAAUGUCAUCUCCGGCGAGCUCCCGGACUUCGACGAGCGCACCGCCAACAGCAGCCUCCAGGUGCUCAACCUCUCCGACAACGCGCUGACCGGAAGGUUGCCGUCGAACCUCUCGCGGCUUCCGAACCUCGCCGUCGCUUCCCUCUCCAACAACUACCUCUGCGGAGAGCUCCCAGUCGGCGGGUUCAAGCGGUUGCAGUACUUGGAUCUCAGCUCAAACCUCAUCUACGGCUCCCUGCCGACGGAACUCGGCGGGGGAAGGCUCCGUUACUUGAACCUGUCUUACAACCGACUUACUGGCGCCAUCCCGCGGGAGCUAGGGGCAAGAAUUCCGGCGAAUGCUACGGUGGAUCUCUCGUUCAACAAUCUCACGGGAGCGAUACCACAGGGCGGUGCUUUCGGCGCCGAGAAGCCGAUGGCUUUUGCUGGAAACCCGAACCUCUGUGGGAGGCCGCUCAGGAACCCGUGCACCAUCCCUUCGUCUCUCUCCACCGCUCCUCCCAAUUCCUCCAACGUGGUCCUGCAGCCGCCCAAGUCUCCGCCGGCAUUUGCCGCAUUCCCCAAGAAUCCGGAUGGAAGCACUCCAGAUGCGGCCGAGCAGAACACCGCCAGCCGAGGAUCGCUUCGACCGGUGGCAGUUAUCCUGAUCACGGUGGGUGACUUGGCCGGCAUUGCGAUCCUUUUCGCAGUGUUCUUGUACGUAUACCAUGUGAAGAGGACGAAGAGGCAAAAUCAGCAAGAAGAACGGCAACAGCAGAAAGAAAUUGGAAGCAACGGGUUAAAGAAAGAACGCCCCCCUCCGGCUUCAGCGGCCGCAGCAACAGCGGCAGUCACUAGUGAGACCAGAGUGAUCAGAUCGCUAUCUUGUUGUUUGAGGAAGAAAAGUGACCACGGAGACGACACUGAGGAGACGUCAGAGACGUCGGAGUCUUCGGAUACGGAUGCGGAAGAGGAAGAAGAAUCGUCCAAGGGCGCGAAGGAGGGGGAAGACGGCAAAUCCAACCAUCCGCAGCUGAAGCAACAACAUGCAGAGGCUACUCUUGUCAUCGUCGACGGCGAGACGGACCUUGAAAUAGAAACUCUACUCAAGGCCUCGGCUUACAUCCUCGGCGCAAGCACGUCGAGCAUCGUCUACAAGGCGGUACUCGCCAACGGCACCGCCUUGGCUGUGCGCCGGAUCGGGGAGAGCAGCGUCAUCAACAAGUUCAAGGAAUUCGAUGCCCAGGUCCGCGGGAUCGCCAAAAUUCGGCAUCCAAAUCUCCUCCGCCUCCGGGGAUUCUACUGGGGCUCCGACGAGAAGCUUCUCAUCCACGACUACGCAACCAAUGGCAGCCUCGCCAAUAUCUCAUUUAGCAAAAAGCUCGGAUCGUCGCCUUUACAUCUGAGCUGGGAAAUGCGCCUCCGGAUUGCUAGAGGCGUGGCGAGGGGCCUCGCGUAUCUCCACGAAAAGAAGACCUUGCACGGCAAUGUCAAACCAAGCAACAUUCUACUGGAUUGCGACAUGGAGGCCAAGAUCGGAGAUUUCGGCCUCGACCGAGUGAUGGCCGGCGCCGGCCCAUCAGCACGGCAGUUCGGGAGCAAACGCUCCAUGCACUCCUCGAUCAGCUUGCCGGAUCUAUCGUCGGCUACCGGAGCCAGCCCAUCGGGCGGCUGCGCCUCGGCUCCGGGAUUCGCCCCGCCGCCAUACCAGGCGCCGGAGUCGCUAAAGAGCCUGAAACCCAACGCGAAGUGGGACGUGUACGCAUUCGGAAGGGUGUUUCUGGAGCUGAUCGCCGGGCGGGUGUUCUCGGACCUGGAGCUCUGCCGCUGGAACGCAGGCUUCGUGGUGGAGGAACGGAACCGGGUGGUGAGGAUGGCGGAUGCCGCCAUACGAGGCGAGGUAGAGGGCAAGGAGGACACAUUGUUAGGCUGCUUCAAGCUAGGAUUCGCUUGCUGCGCGAUGGCGCCGCAGAGGAGGCCUUCAAUGAAGGACGUAGUGCAGGCGUUGGAAAAUUUGAGCUCCAGCUCUUGUUCUUAUUCUUCUUCUUCUACUACUACUACUACUUGACUUCAUCGACCUCUGUUGUUUUCUGUAGAAUUGAUAGCAAAUGGAAUCAGUGAGGUGCCUUCGACUUUCGAUUCA